AUGGCAGCCUUCGAAGAUCUUAAACAGGGACUCGAUGCUGCUAUCGACAAGAUCGCAUCCAAGAUAUUACUCGUACCUACUACCGAAGUUCUCCUAACCUCCCGCGAUCGAGAGACCGGCGCGCUUUACGCGGACCUUGCAGGAUCGGAAGAUUUCCUGGGCAGUCAUGUCUUGCGAAUACCGGCCAGCCAUGCUGCGACCGCGGGGGGGAAGGAUGCGCCAAAUAUGCGGGAGAACCGGGGAAAGGCGAAACAAUAUACAACAGUUAAUGGAAGGACAGUCGUGAUCAAAGAUGCUUAUGUCUAUAGUAAUAAAGGAUUCAAGACCUUGAACCAAGCGCAACUUUUAUCAGAUACUUUAUGGUACCCAGAUUCGCUCGAGCCACGCCAAUGGCUUGUCUACUACAUAUCGAGACCUCUGGUUGGCAUAUACGAAGAAAUUAAAAUUACCACUGCAUUGCUAGCCCCAAGGCUAUCGGAUGGCAGGCCAAUUCUCCCAUCCAGAUCGCCUUCAAUACCCGAUUCCACCUCUAUGAAUGGACUCCCUCGCAAAAAGGAUAUCAAAAGUUUCAGCGACCUUCUAACGAAUUUCCCAAUGAUUGCGAGACAAAUGCAACCCGGCUUGGAGGCUUUAUUUAAGGAGUUCAACCAAGUAUUUGAAAAGCAAUUACCACCUCCGCCAUCAGCUGCGAACAUUCCGGAUCCUGUACCGGAUGGGCCCAUAGCUACAGCGAUGAAGAAAGCGCGGUCUAAUAGUUUUUCGACGGCUGCCCGACCAAAUGGCCAUGUGCAACGUUAUAUUGUGGAUUUCUAUACCGAGGAUGAUGAGAAUGUCAUGCGGGGAGCCUUGGAGACCGCGGUCACAUCUGCGAUUGAUCUUUUCCAGAUGGUCGAUAAGCAGCAACUUUCCCUUCUUGGAGCUACGACCGAUCUUACAGGUCCAAUUGUGGAACGUUUGAUUGAUCGUUAUGUCACCGAGCAAUUGCACGAUACCAUCUUAUUCCCGAGACUAUGCACAAUGAAACGCCCUGAGGACUUGGAACUGGAAUCAAAAAUCAGACAAAUGGAAUUUGUAGAUAUUUCACAGGUUGGUAUACCAAUUCAGGGUGGCCAUCAAGGAAAGCAAGAGCUCACAUUGCGCCUUGGCCGUGCUGUCGAAGAAUUCCGGAAAUUGAGUGUGUCAGGAAGCCCACAGCAGAUGAUGGACAUUUUACUACUAACGUUGAAAACAGUGACGCAGCUGAUUGCGAUUCCAACAAGCAUGGAGGGACCCUCUUCUUCCGAGAAAGUGAGCUCUGUCUUGACUAUCAAUGCCGACACUCUUGUCUCAUUACUGCUAGUCGUGGUUAUAAGAGCGCAAGUUAGGCAUCUCCAGGCUCGUCUUUUAUAUAUGCGCCACUUCAUUUUCGUUGAUGACGUGGAAAGUGGUGAGAUGGGAUAUGCGCUAAGCACGUUUGAAGCUGUCUUAUCGUACCUUGCAAGGGACUCAGGAGGUCUUCGGAAAGCUAGUCGGCGGAACCACAAGCUAUGGGCAGCGACUAAGAAAGGAGACUUAAAAGAGAUGAUGAAGAUCAUGGAGCCCGAACGAGAGCUCUCCUCGGACGAAGAAGAGUCUGACCACGAGGAAGCUAUCGUAGACGACAUGAUCGAUGAAAAUAGGCCAUGGAAUACUUCGAAUGGACAUGCCAGACGGAGAUCUUCUGGAGCUGCAACCCGGCUUUCGCAAGCAUCUACUCUCACUCAUGUCUUCCCUUGGCAAUAUUCACAUGACGGUGCAGAUGAAGAGCGAUUACCGCCACUACGGAGGCCUAAAACAGUUACUAUGGAUGUACGAAGCUUAUCUAGCAGCUCCGAGAUGUCUUUCAGGUCACGAGCUACUACGAUUGACUCUACAAGUAGCGGCAUCGAAGGUGAUACCUCAAUCGCACGAUUGUCGCAAACUGAAGAUUCAUCCGGUGAAUCUGUUCUUAUGAUGGCCGUUCAACAUGAGAGACCGGAGGCACUUCAGUAUCUUUUGUCGUUACAUGACUACUAUCCGCUACGAGCGAUUCUUGAAGAUACGAAUAAUGAGGGUACAACUUUAUUGAGUGCUGCUGUGCAAUUGGGACAUACCGAACUCAUUAAUAUAAUACUAGAUUUUGUUUAUCGAGCUGCAUCAGAAUUGAUCGUCAUUGGAUAUCUUUCGCGACAGGAUAUCAACGGCAGGAGUGUAGCUCAUUUUUUGUUCAACUAUCCGGAGCUUAUUUCGACAGUCGGGCGUCUAUUACCUUGGAGGCAGAAAGAUAAAAAUGGUCAAACGCCACUUUUUGCCUCAUGCAGAUCAUACGACCAUGGACGCUAUAGACCCAUGGUAGAGUCAGCACUUGCUGCAGCUGCGACUUCUCAGGGAGACAACCAACUUUUACAUUUAGACGAUCAUGUCGACUUGAAAGGUAACACAUUAUUACAUAUUGUCAACGAUCCUCAAAUAGCGUUGCAGCUUCUUCUUCAUUGCGACUCCGAUGUUAAUGCGACGAACGAUAAGAAGUUCACACCACUCAUGGUAGCUAGCAAAUAUGGCCGACUAGAAAUGGUUCGAGUUCUAUUUGGGGACCCAAGAGUAGACCUUUUUGCCAAGGAACUUCGUGGCUUGACAGCGGUUGAGCUUGCUAAAGACGAUGACGUACGGAAUAGAAUUGACGAUUUAAUAUUAUUUUCAGGGCUGCCAGCUGCUGAUGGCAGAAUUACGGCUGUAGUCAGAUCAUUCUUCGUUGAGGAUGCAACUAUUCGACUAGUACUCAAAUCCGGGGCACCCUCCGCGCAACAAAGCUUUACUGUAACUACUUGUCGACGUUCAUUGACCGAAUUUGAGCAUUUGGCAAAACUACUAACGUUAGAAAACCCAGCUUCAUGGCUGCCAUCUAUAUCAGGGAUGAGGUCACCUUUUCAAUUCCCUUCAAGGCCUUCAAGGGCUGUUCUAAGAGACAUACAAGUCAAUCUUGAUGCAUUUUUGAAGAUUCUGCUAGCACACACAACCUUCUCAACACAUGAAAUGUUGUGGGAGUUCUUUCUCGUGCCAGAUAUACAGGCAGAAAUGAUGGAACAGAGGUCUAAACUGAAGGCUGAGGCAAGGGUAGAAACUGUACGAGAAGAGUAUCAGCCAAUUGGCGAUGUCCGUGACGUCGAGCAAUUUGUAGAUCAUGCAAGAGAUAUGGUUCGAAGUGUCAACUACUCUACCAAGAGUGUAGCACGUAGGGCCAAUAUGGUGGCAACUGUUACCACAGGCAUGUUUUCAAUUGACUCUCAUAUCAAAACGUCGCUAACAUUCAUAGAUCUUUACGAUGCUUAUAAGCUUUCUACUCGCGCAAUGUCUACUCUUCCCUUCCUCCCUCAAACCCAUAUCUCCGCUCUAGAAGCCUACACCCAGACACUUGCUCCAUCCUCUACCUCCUCAUAUUCCACUUUCCAUACCGCCAUCCUUUCAAUCCACAGCACCAUAAUCGCUAUGCUCCUAUCUCUCUCUCGUCCCACCUCGCUCAUAUCCUCGAUCACCACAUCUCGCAAAUCAAUUGAAAGAUCCUACAACUCUCUUUCCCGAUCAACUCGUUGGCCACUAGGUCUCCUCGACGACACGCGCCAACGCUUAAACGAGGAAAAGGAAGACAAAGUACGAAGGACAAAAGAAGAAGUCGAGGAAACGGGAAGAGAAUUGAGAUAUACGCAACAAGUCGUAGCAGCAGAACUUGCUGGCUGGCAAGAUUUGCAUGAGAAGAUGGGGAGGAAGGCUGUGAAGGAUCUGGCGAAGUCAAUGCUUAUUAGAGAACGUGCGACGUUAGAGGGGUUGCGGCGAGCGGUAAGGAGGCUAAAGGUUGGAGAGAGGAAUAUUGUAGAGGCCGUAGAGGGAGGAGAGGAGGAGAGUGAAGAUGAGGAGGAUGGUGAGGAGGCGGAGGCGGAGGCCAGUGGUAGUCAUGUUGAAAGUGUCAUUAUGUAG